AUGGAACAAUCAAAGAGUGUUUCGCGUUUUGAAGCAGCUCAGAAAGCAAUAAACUCAAUUGGAUUGGGUUUUGACAUCACAGUAGAUAUCAACUUUGACAACUGUAAGAGCAUUGGUUCACCUUUGAUCUUCAUCAAUAAAGAACUACAACAGUGUCGUGAUUUGGAGAUUCCUGGUGGUGUUACAGUUCCUAAUGUUCCAAACUCUAUCAAAUGUGUCAGAGGAGAAUCUAUUAGAAUUCACUUAGAUGUUCUCACUUCACACCAGAUGUUGGGGCAUUUCAACCAUGAAAUGCGUCUCGUAGGAGAAAUUGCAUCAGGCCAUUUCUGUGCUUCGUUUGGAUUAUCCUGUCGAUGCAUCAAACAUUUGGCUUCCAUUAAGUCUCUUGCUUAUGAUGGUUGGUUCAUCAAACGCUAUGCUGUCGAAUUAGAAAGGUAUCAUGGUGAGCUUAGGGAUCAUGUCAAAGAAGCCGUGCCAUCAUCAUGGGACCCUGCGGCCUUGGCAAGGUUCAUAGAGCGUUUUGGAACUCACGUUAUAGUCGGGGUGAGCAUGGGAGGGAAGGACGUGAUAUAUGUUAGACAAGAUGUGUCGUCUGAUCUCAAUGAUCCGGCUAGUAUCCAAAAACUUUUAAAGGAAACAGCUGACAUGAAGUUCAUGGAUUCUGCAGAGAAUCGUCGCCCAGCUUCGGAAGACUUAAGCAACAAUAAGGAGAAUCUUUUUAUUAUACAUAGAAGGAAGGGUGGAAGCAGUAAAGAAAUGUAUCAUAGUGAAUGGUUGGAUACUAUUGAUUCACAGCCCGACGUUAUAUCGAUGCAUCUUCUUCCGUUGACAUCCCUUUUGUUGGGUAUCCGUGGCAGCGGAUUUGUGAGCCAUGCGAUAAAUCUCUACCUUCGUUACAAACCUCCAAUGGAAGAUCUCCAUCAAUUUUUCGAGUUUCAGCUACCGAGACAAUGGGCUCCUAUACUUAGUGAAAUACGUCUUGGUUCUUACUGGAAGCAUCAAGUGAAUACGUGGCUACGAUUUAGUAUCUUCGGUCCAAAGCUUUACAUAAAUACAAUUCCAGUAGAUGUUGGAAAUAGACCAGUAAUUGGCCUGAGAUUACAAUUGGAAGGGAGAAGAAGCAACCGAUUAGCCAUUCACCUGCAGCACUUGACUUCUCUGCCAAAGUCCUUACCACUCGCGGACAACGCAAAUGCUUAUCUGUCUUGCGACUCGUAUAGCUGCAACUUCCAUAAGAAAGUGAAAUGGAGCUGUUUUUCAUAUGUUUGUACUGCGCCCGUUGAAUCGGACGAUAGUCUUUCCAUUGUCACGGGAGCUCAGUUACAAGUUGAAAAGAAGUGUCUCCUAUUACGACUGCGCUUCUCCAAAGUUAUCGGUGCCACGCUUCAGAAACUACCUGAGUGGGAUGGAUCCUCCAAUCUUGGUGGUUUCAGCAACAAGUCUAGAGGCGUCUUAGCUUUUCUUCCGAAAGAGGGACAAAGGGGUCAUCCAAAACCGGGUGAUGUGACUAUCGGUUCGACAACAUACUCUGCUGCACUCCCCGCACCAGUUAACACGCCUAAACUUCAACGAUAUGUGGACUUAAUGGAAAGGAUGAGAGGACCAGAAGACAGUCCAGGAUAUUGGGUUGUGUCUGGUGCAAGGCUUUCUGUUGAGAAUGGGAAAAUAUAUCUAGUUGUUAAGUAUUCACUAUUGAACUUUGUUAUACAGUGUGAAACUGAAGUUUCAUAG